GAACUGGACACAUUUCUUGAGGCAGUCCACUCCCCACUACCACACAACCCAAGCAGUUGGCUCAAAAUGUUGCCCUCCAAUAUAAUGGAAAAAGUGCCACCUGGGGUGGACACCUCCUCAGCACCAUUCUGCCUACACCAUUGAUGACACACAGACACUACCCCUACAGAUACAGUUACCAGAAGCAGCAGGUUCUGACUUCAUAAGAAUUAGAGUACAUAAUCUCCUAAUCUGAAAUGGCCAGGCCUUUAUUUUACUAUACAUAUAUAUUAAUAACAAGUAUAGCCUAGUAUCUCAAAAAAUACUAUAGAGAAUUAGGCCUAUAUUUAUAAAUGCAAAGUUUUUUUUACUUACUAAAAAAAAAAAAAAUUUGCUCAUAACCUUUACUUUUUCAACUAAGAUAAAACUAUUUUUUAUUUGUUAGAAUUUGCUAUUUAUACUAGAUCUAGCCAGAAAGCUGAUAUCCCUAUUUCUUAAGAGUAUAAUAUCUAGAAGAAAGACUGUAUAGCAUAAUUGAAAAGUUUAUCUUAUUUGGUAAUUAGUUAAAAAUUGUAGCAUCCUUUAUACUUAAGAAAUCACCAUUGUUCAGAAAAAUUUCUUUUACUGUAAAUUAGUGUAAAACAGUAAAUGUUAUUUUCUCUUAAAUAUUUAUGCAUCUUUAUUUAAUCAAUUAGAAAAAUACGGAAGUGAACAAAAUAACUGCUGAUGAAAGUGGCUCAGAUAUUUUACAGCAAACCGCUUCAGGUAUUGAACUUUGAAAAUAAUUGUAUUUACUUUUCAUAUAUAUGUGAAGGCAUUAAAAGUGUUUACAUAUUCAUACAUGCAUUUAACUAUUGAUUUAUCUCCACACACAGAAUUUCCUGUCAAUUCAGCAAUGUUCUUUUUAGUCAUCAAAGACUUUCUAAGGCUGGUUUCAUUAUUGAAGGAAAUCUUUGCACUUCAAACUCUUAUUCAAAAGAACAAGGCUUAACAAGGAGCGACAGUGUAACAACUGGCUUUUCUAGCUUGCCAUCUGAGCUCUGCAGCAGCUUUUCUGUUUGCUUCAUGCAGCAUGGAGUGCUAAGACGCUUGAUCCUUUUCUGUUGGCUUUAUGCAGCAUGGAGUGCUAAGAAGCUUGAUCCUUUUCUGUUGGCUUCAUGCAGCAUGGAGUGCUAAGAAACUUGAUCCUUUUCUGUUGGCUUCAUGCAGCAUGGAGUGGAGUGCUAAGAAGCUUGAUCCUUUUCUGUUGGCUUCAUGCAGCAUGGAGUGCUAAGAAGCUUGAUCCUUUUCUGUUGGCUUUAUGCAGCAUGGAGUGCUAAGAAGCUUGAUCCUUUUCUGUUGGCUUUAUGCAGCAUGGAGUGCUGAGAAGCUUGAUCCUUUUCUGUUGGCUUUAUGCAGCAUGGAGUGCUAAGAAGCUUGAUCCUUUUCUGUUGGCUUUAUGCAGCAUGGAGUGCUAAGAAGCUUGAUCCUUUUCUGUUGGCUUCAUGCAGCAUGGAGUGCUGAGAAGCUUGAUCCUUUUCUGUUGGCUUCAUGCAGCAUGGAGUGCUAAGAAGCUUGAUCCUUUUCUGUUGGCUUCAUGCAGCAUGGAGUGCUAAGAAGCUUGAUCCUUUUCUGUUGGCUUUAUGCAGCAUGGAGUGCUAAGAAGCUUGAUCCUUUUCUGUUGGCUUUAUGCAGCAUGGAGUGCUGAGAAGCUUGAUCCUUUUCUGUUGGCUUUAUGCAGCAUGGAGUGCUAAGAAGCUUGAUCCUUUUCUGUUGGCUUUAUGCAGCAUGGAGUGCUAAGAAGCUUGAUCCUUUUCUGUUGGCUUCAUGCAGCAUGGAGUGCUGAGAAGCUUGAUCCUUUUCUGUUGGCUUCAUGCAGCAUGGAGUGCUAAGAAGCUUGAUCCUUUUCUGUUGGCUUCAUGCAGCAUGGAGUGCUAAGAAGCUUGAUCCUUUUCUGUUGGCUUCAUGCAGCAUGAAGUGGUAAGAGGCUGGUCAGGGUUUAUGCUGAAUGCAUACAUUAGGUUUUCAUGAUUGUAUCUGAGCCAUUCCUACCAAUGGGAUCAUUUGCUGUGCUUGAAGCUUACCAUAAAACAACAGCUUCUUUGGCAACUGAUGGUCAGACUCACCUAAUCCAGACAUCCUUGGUCAGGCUACUGAAGAUAUCUCAGUCUGGCAAUGUGGAACUUCAGCCCUCUACAUGCUGGUGGUUCAGCCACUGAAGAAAUUUUCAACACAGCCCAUCAGAUCCAGCUUUGAGGGCAAAGGCAUCAGCAAACAAAGUCCUUUUAAUGAUCAGUCAUAACUUGUUAGGAGCCUCUUGAGGUUUAAACAGUUAACUUUUAGUUCGUUGCCUGAUGCCAAUUUCAAAUUUCACCUUCUCCAUGAGCAUCAGUCAGCAGGCUGGAAUAGGCGGCAGCAUCCCAGCAUUACUCACUGGGAUUUGGCUCAGGCGCUCUGAACUGAUAGAUAUAAAUUUUCAGUAGCAUCCAUACUGGGAAAUGAAAUUCCAAAAGCAUAUUCUGCUGACAGUGCCUUGGUCAGCUUCACAUAAGUGUAGAGGUCAACAUUUUGCUCCUGACGUUUCUCUUGUUCCUGCUGCCUGUCUGUAAACACCAUGUUGAUGGUCCCAGUUUUCUUUCUGGAAACCAUGUAGGCUUUUGUGAGGUAGAUCCCGGUCAUGAUGCAUAUUAGGAUGGUUCAGAGGAAUUCUUGUAAGUAUCUUGCUGUGGAUUAAAAGCAAGGAUAUACAUUGGAGUUCUCCACAAGUCACACCCUUGUUUUUAUGAACAAACCCGCAAUAAAUUGAGGGAUUUAAAAAAACUAUGAAUAAGCAAUAUUUGUUGUAAACUAAAAUAUAUGGCAUAAUGGGAACAAAUAUUACACUCUGCCGAUCAUGUUAACUUUUUCCAGAACACUAUUUUGAGAAUGGAGACGGGGAUGACCACAGUGCAGAGCUGAGACAUCGUCGCAAUAGAAUAUCUGUAUCUGUACCUCCAGGAGUGAUGGCGUUUGAUGGAAUGUUUCAGCAGAGUAUAGAUUUGCAAGGCGAAUAUGAUGAACACAUGUCUGAGCUGCUCCAGCAGUUGCCAAGUCGACAGUUAGGUUAGUUUAGGGAGUUCUUGGAUAAUUUUGUUUGAUAUUUUUAUCAUGUAUAGAUAGACUUAAGAGCCAUUCAUAAAUUGUGUUAUGCAUGAGUGGGGAGGGAAGGGGAGUUACAUGUUUAAGUCAAUGUAUUAUUGAGGGCAUCUAUUUUUGGUGAGAAAUUUGUGUUGAUGGAGGAUGGAGUACAAAUCAACCAGAAUAGCAUGACAUCAUUUAUAGGUGGCACCUUAACUUGACGAUUUAUCAGUAGAAUAGUUGAUCAGUUGUCAGUGCUAUUUACUGUAUAAAAAAACCAAACCAUUUUCAUUUUAUUUGAUAUGUCAUGUUUUCUAAGAUUUUUUCUUUAAUUUAGAAAAAUAAAUAAUUGAUUCUUUUGAAAUUUUAUUUCACGUUUCAGUCUCACAGGUGAUUGGAAGUCUAAGAAUUUGAAGGAUGUUUCUUAAAUAGUUAUUUUAUACAGGGAUAUGAUGUAACACAGAUCUUGUUAUAUUUUAAUAUCCUUUAUAUAAACUUUGCUUUUGUUCAUGUGUUUAGGGUAAAAUCUUUGGAUGGCUAAUUGACCCACUUCCCAUCAUCCUAUCAAAAUGAAACUUGGCACAUAGACUUGCUCACAUUUUUUCAAAUUUUCAGCCCCAACCCUGAAAAAUCAGUUUUUCCUGUUUUUCAAGGGGAAGAUGAAUGCAAUAUGAGUUGUCCAGUGGGUGCAUGAUUUAGUGUGGAGAUUAAUAAUGUUACUAUAUGCUUUGUAUUUGUGACUUUUACGUAUCGCUAUAUUGUGCAGAGAAUUUAAUCUCUUAUUUUAUUCUAUGGCUCGUUGAUAAACAGUACAUAACAAAGUAUGAUACCAUUAAUUAAAUACAGUAAUAAGAAACUAUACCCAAACUAGGGCUCAUUACAAAUAAUAAUUUAUUAAGUUAACUUUAAAAUGACAAAAUCAAAAAGAAUAAAACUAAGGCUAUUCACUUACAGUACAGCGAUGAACUGGUACCGGUACAAUGUUGGAAGUUGCACACACAGUAAAUAUAAUGUACAAUAUCUCCGAUCAGUACAGUAUGUCACUCCAUUAGUCUCUCUCCCUUGUCUUGUAUCGUAAACUCUGUCUCACUCUUUGUCUCGCAGUCUCUAUCUAGCUCACACUGCCCCCUAAGUCGAUCUGCUUAUUAAUAGUCUUUCAUAGAGACUUUUCUAGAAAGGGGUUACACAUUGUACCUGCAUCUCGACCUGUCUAUUAAGUUCUAAAGAAUUCUACUACAGACUGUGUUUACAUGUAGUCACGGACAAGGAAGACAUUUAGUAAUUAAACCAACUCAUCGUCACCAAACUUGGGGUCACCCAGAGUUCAUGCACGGGAUGUACGAGAUGCAUGAAAAACAUGGCAUAAACACGAUGUCUAAAUAAUAUUUUAGUUUAAUUAUAUCUUUAGUUUAUUAGGUUUCAUAACCACUAAGUUUAAUAAAACAAUUCCUCUACUAAAAAUCAGUGUUGCGAUCACAUAUAUUAUAAAUCAUUUACCAGAACAUAAAUGCAAAGAAAAAUGCAUAUAAAGGAUUUGUAUGAAAAACUUUUUUUUUUGGGGUCAUUUAUUCAACUAAAAUGUCUUAAAAAUAAAUCUUCCUGUUUCAGACCAACCAUUAAAAACUCUAAGAAGUGAAACUCUGCAGGCAACUUGAUAAUAGAUCUGUUAUUUUACAAGAUUUUCUUUGUGGUUGCCGAGAUUUUAAUUGUACUUAUUUCAUUUGUUUACCACUCAAUCUUGUAGAGGAUGUGGCAGACAUGGCCGCCAGGACUCUGCUGAGAAAGAGGACCUCACACAUUCAUCGUGCCACCAUCAGACUCAACAGAGACGAAGAGCUAGAGGAGCGCAUUGUGGAGUCCAUAGAGCUAGACCUGAGCAGCAAUGAUGAGCUAGCAGAAGAUCUUGGAGCGGCCGUCAGAACUAUUCCAACUACACUCAGCAAGAAGAGAAAUAUCAAGUAAUAACAGUGCUAUUAGAUCUCAAUUAGAACUUAAUAGUUAGUUCAAUGUAAGACUCAUGAAUAAUUCUAGAUUUCCAUUAACCCAAGGUUGGGCAAACUUUUUGUGCAGAGGGCUACCUGACAAUUUUCCAGGAAUCUAGAGUUAGAGAUUAAACCUAAUGUAUUACAUUGAAUAACUAGUUACUAGCUUAUAGAUUGGACAGUGUUAGUCUGUUAUUAUUAAGCUACAAAGUUUUAAAAUAUUUAAUGACAUUUUUGUUCCAAGGCCGGCUUUGUAGAGAAUCCUCAUUAGUAUCAGUGAGCUGAAACCCAAAUAUUUGGAUUCAGUGAUGUUCAUCACUGAGAUAGAUUGCUCUCAGAGGUUUGCUGAGCCACAUGAAACAAUCAUUUUUUGAUCAAAAUGUUAUAUUUGAAACCUUAUCUAUUUUAUGAGAUGAAUAAGAUUGUGUUAUUUCAAAUUUCAAUGUUGUUUAAUUUCUCUUUGAGCAUGUUAUCAGUCUGCAAGACUAUAAGUACCAGCUGCCAAUCAGUAGAAUAUUUUUCAAUAUAUACUAGAAAUGGCAUGGUGAGAAGAAGAAACUGGUUCACAAUAAAUAAACGGUUUAUUGUUUUUUUUAACCUUAAGGUCAGUAAAUAUACUGGCCAUUGUAGCCGCUUCCUGAACAGAUGAUGACUUGGAAAAGGUUGUUUGUUCCUGUUUUAAAAUACUCUCCAGAUCAACAGCUUUGUGCUUAAGAUCAUAUUCAGAAUUACCAUGUUUAGUCUGAGAAUGUCGUCUGAGAUUACAUUCUUUGAAAAGGAUCACAUACUUCGGACAGGCUAAGCACACAGCAUUUGGUCUGAUAUCAUUGAAUCAAUAUUCCGACAUGCUAAGCACACAGCAUUUGGUCUGAUAUCAUUGAAUCAAUAUUCCGACAUGCUAAGCACACAGCAUUUGGUCUGAUAUCAUUUAAUCAAUAUUCCGACAUGCUAAGCACACAGCAUUUGGUCUGAUAUCAUUGAAUCAAUAUUCCGACAUGCUAAGCACACAGCAUUUGGUCUGAUAUCAUUGAAUCAAUACGUAGAUAUCCAGUGCACUAAGUUGAAUGGUUUUAUUCCGAGCUGAGUUCAUUGAUUUUGUUACUCAGCCAGAUUAUUUAGAGACUUGAGGAGCUCCUUUAGUAGACAGCAAUAAAUAUGGGCUUUGAAAGUUCAAUACGAGUUCUGUUUGAAAAUUAACAGUAGAGUAUUGUUUUAAUUUGAUGUGAUGUUAUUAUUACAGGUAGACAAUUGUCUACUAAUUAAGAAAUUUCCAGGCCUGUACAGAUAAUCAUUAAAAAAUGUGUCUAUUUUACAAAAUUAAUCUAGUUCCAGGAAGGUCUUGCGGGGCUUCAUUAUACAUUUCAGUGGGCGGCAUGUGGCCCGUGGGCUGCAGUUUGCACACACCUGCAUUUACCAAUAUCCUGUCUCUUACUAUCUUGACUGUCAAUCACACAAAAUUUUUUUUAAAGAAGAGCAGUACAAAAUUAACUUAAAAGCAGCCAAUAAAAGGGAGGCUUUCAAUCGUAAUUUAUAUUUUAGUUAUUGUCAUGUUUAAUGUGUGCUUCAUUUUUCUAUCAUGAAUUUGUGUGCCAAAUGUGAUAUGGGAAACAGAAUUGAAAUUGUUAAAAUGUGUUUGAAAAAUUUCAAAAGUGUUUUACCUUUUUCAGGAGAAAAUUGACCCAGAGAAGAAAAAAGCCAAAGACAAAAUGGCUUCUCUUGAAAUAUCAUCUGACCAGGGUAAGCGUACUACUAAAACUACUCAUGACAGAUCAAGGACACUUAUCUUUAGGAUAAUUCAUGUGCUGUUCUUUCAAACUCUUGAGGACACAUUAAAUUUGUCUUGAUGAAUGGCUUCUUAUAGACAGAUUUACCAUACAUCUAGGAACAUUACCAUUCCAUAUUCACCAUAUUGAUGAAUUGAUUCCUAUUGACACAUCUACUUCCACCUACCAAAUUGAACAACAUGCUAAAUUAGCAUACAUUACAUUUAUCCUAUUGCAUUAGAAUUGGAUUUAGAAAUAAAACUUAUCCUCUUAAUGUGAAAUCAAUAUUCAUGAAUCCUAUAGGACUUAAAGCUUACUAUUUAUUAAUCUAAUCAGGACAGUUUUUCUUUAAAUAUAAAAGGUAUUAAGAAUACAAACUACUCAGCAGCUCAUAGAUCUGCUUUUUUAAAUGAAAGGUAUUAAGAAUACAAACUACUCAGCAGCUCAUAGAUCUGGUUUUUUAAAUGAAAAGGUAUUAAGAAUACAAACUACUCAGCAGCUCAUAGAUCUGCUUUUUUAAAUGAAAAGGUAUUAAGAAUACAAACUACUCAGCAGCUCAUAGAUCUGCUUUUUUAAAUGAAAAGGUAUUAAGAAUACAAACUACUCAGCAGCUCAUAGAUCUGCUUUUUUAAAUGAAAGGUAUUAAGAAUACAAACUACUCAGCAGCUCAUAGAUCUGCUUUUUUAAAUGAAAAGGUAUUAAGAAUACAAACUACUCAGCAGCUCAUAGAUCUGCUUUUUUAAAUGAAAGGUAUUAAGAAUACAAACUACUCAGCAGCUCAUAGAUCUGGUUUUUUAAAUGAAAGGUAUUAAGAAUACAAACUACUCAGCAGCUCAUAGAUCUGCUUUUUUAAAUGAAAAGGUAUUAAGAAUACAAACUACUCAGCAGCUCAUAGAUCUGGUUUUUUAAAUGAAAGGUAUUAAGAAUACAAACUACUCGGCAGCUCAUAGAUCUGCUUUUUUAAAUGAAAGGUAUUAAGAAUACAAACUACUCAGCAGCUCAUAGAUCUGGUUUUUUAAAUGAAAGGUAUUAAGAAUACAAACUACUCGGCAGCUCAUAGAUCUGCUUUUUUAAAUGAAAAGGUAUUAAGAAUACAAACUACUCAGCAGCUCAUAGAUCUGCUUUUUUAAAUGAAAGGUAUUAAGAAUACAAACUACUCAGCAGCUCAUAGAUCUGCUUUUUUAAAUGAAAGGUAUUAAGAAUACAAACUACUCAGCAGCUCAUAGAUCUGCUUUUUUAAAUGAAAAGGUAUUAAGAAUACAAACUACUCAGCAGCUCAUAGAUCUGCUUUUUUAAAUGAAAGGUAUUAAGAAUACAAACUACUCAGCAGCUCAUAGAUCUGCUUUUUUAAAUGAAAGGUAUUAAGAAUACAAACUACUCAGCAGCUCAUAGAUCUGCUUUUUUAAAUGAAAGGUAUUAAGAAUACAAACUACUCGGCAGCUCAUAGAUCUGGUUUUUUAAAUGAAAGGUAUUAAGAAUACAAACUACUCGGCAGCUCAUAGAUCUGCUUUUUUAAAUGAAAGGUAUUAAGAAUACAAACUACUCGGCAGCUCAUAGAUCUGGUUUUUUAAAUGAAAGGUAUUAAGAAUACAAACUACUCAGCAGCUCAUAGAUCUGCUUUUUUAAAUGAAAGGUAUUAAGAAUACAAACUACUCAGCAGCUCAUAGAUCUGCUUUUUUAAAUGAAAGGUAUUAAGAAUACAAACUACUCGGCAGCUCAUAGAUCUGCUUUUUUAAAUGCAAAUUUUGCAUUGAAAUAGCUUUCUUAAAUUCUCUGGUUUUAGGUACAAGGAUUUAAAAAAAAUUUCUUUCAACAACAAGCCAUUAUGAUCGUAUGCAUGUUUAAUUUAAGACCCAAUUCAAAGUUUAAAGCUGGUUCCUGCAUCAUUUGAAAACUAAUGCAUCUUGUUUAUCCUCAGUUGGGAAGAAAUAUGAUGUUUGAGAAAAGACGAAUGUCACGAGCUCUUGACCUCUGGCGCUCCCAUCUGUUGAUUAUUGAAGGGUCAUUUGGGACAAGCGUCGUCUCCUACUUUAUAUUUCUCAAGUGGGUGCUGCUGAUCAACAUUCCUGUUUUUCUACUGACGUUUUGUUUCCUGGUCAUCCCACAAAUUUUGUUCCGCUGGUAUCAGAAGAACCCAGCAGGUUACAAGGAUGCGGAGCCCUUCCGUGGAAUUGAACUGCUAACAGGAACUGUGAGUUGAUUGUGAACAACAGCAUUAGAAAUAUGCUUGUCUUCUUUAAACUGAGAUAUUCCAAACUUGUAGCUUGAUUCAAUGAGUGCUUUGAUUUAAGAUUUCUAUAUGAUUUAAACUAAAUAUUCAAAUGCUUUAAAAAAGCUGCUAAAGAUAUGAAGAAAAAAAUAAUAAUCUCAAUAUUUCUAUAUAUAUAGACCCUAUAUUUAUUAACAUUAGAUAGAAUAAAGAUUAUAAAAUGACUGUAAAGUGCAAAUGUAAAUUUCAAAGGUUGAACAAACGGAGACCCUUGUCAUUUGCAGCCUUCCUGUCAUAAAUUUAAAAACAAUUUUAAAAAAAAUGUGUACGACAUGAUUUAGCUAACACAAAGAUAUCAGUUAGAUUUCCAUGGUUAAUUUGGUCUAGUCAUUAGAAUAUGAUCAGAGUUUCAAAGUUAUGAUUUAUCAAUUUUAAUGAUGAUGUUGAUUUAAAGAAGGCUAUACUUUUGAUCCUCAUUUAAAACUUUAAAAAAUGUUGGAAUUAAAAAAAAAUCCUGUAAUUUUCAGAAAUCUUCAGUGCAAUUUAAAUUAUUUGUGAAUCAUGGGUGAAUUUCAUUUGAAGAUACUCCCUAAAUUUUUAAUCUAUGAAGAUACAAAUUAGUUUCAUGUAGGUUCUGACCAUAACAUGUUUUUUUUAAAAAUGCCCCAAAAUGCAGUUUGCACAGUUAAACGGCAAUGUGAGUAAUAUUAAGUAGCUAUGACUAUUGUUUCAAUAAUGGUAAAGGAACAUACUCAUUAAUCUAUUGCAAGAUGCAACAAAGUAACUUUUCAUUUUUUAAAGAAAAAAAAAAAAACGGCUUAUAAAAAUAAAAAGUUAUGAUAUUUUUGCAAUGCAACUUUUUUUCUUCUGCAAAACGGCAAUGUGAGUAAUAUUAAGUAGCUAUUACUAUUGUUUCAAUAAUGGUAAAGGAACAUACUCAUUAAUCUAUUGCAAGAUGCAACAAAGUAACUUUUCAUUUUUCAAAGAAAAAAAAAAAAAAAACGGCUUAUAAAAAUAAAAAGUUAUGAUAUUUUUGCAAUGCAACUUUUUUUCUUCUGCGUUUGUCCAUGUCAUUAAUGCAUUUGUUAUUAUAUUUUCACCCAGUUUUAAAAAAACCCCAGCAACAUCAGCAUUUAAAAGUAUUUAUACGUUAUUGUUGGCAACAAGGAGCUUUGAACUCUCUCUCCCCCCCCCCCCCCCCCCCCAUGGUUAACAUUUGUAACAACUUGUUCCGUCUCAACAUAGGGCUACUUUGAGAACACUGAGAUGUAUUAUGGUUUUUAUACCAACCAAACAGUGGAGAUAUUCACAGGCUCCUUCUACAAGAUGAACUACGCCUACAUCUUGACUUGUUCAGGCUACUACAUCUUGUGUUUGCUUAUCUUAGGCUACAGGUAAGUCAUAUUUUAUCAAUUAUCUCUUGCAAGUUAUGUACUUUUAAAAUUUGGUACUGUUAAAAUAAUUUGCCUCUCAAGUUGUGCUGACAUGGACAGUCAGUCACACCCUCAGAUUAACUGAAGUAAUUUGCAAUAAUGUAUUAGAAAAAAAAAAAAAUUAAGCUGUAUUUCCUGGGAGAAAGGUGCUGUUAGAGCCUCAUUUGGAGACAAGAAAUAAUUAAAGUUAUCGUAACCUAUUAUUUAGUGCUUUCACCUGAUGAAAGAUCAUCCUAAGUUCCACUAUAAAGAUCUUUUUUAAAGUCACUGAGAUCAAAUACCCAAAUAAAACUGCUGGCUUUUGCUGAUGUUGCCAUGACCGUGUUUGCAUCUGGUAGCUUUUUUUUUUUAUUAUUAAUGCAUCAAUGUAUUUCAGGCUGUUAUUGAGCCAGGUAUGGUAUAUUAAAUAUUUAUGGCGGUAUUUUCAAUUUACAAAAUAUAAUUUAGUUUGUUUUACCUAGCAAAUAAAACUCCGCAAAUGUGCAUUGCUGGAAUCACAUCAUCAAUUUUUCUGCCCCAGUUACCUCCGAUCCUAUCGCAAGUACUACAUUGAGGCUGGCAGCACCAUCAACAUGUAUUAUUUCAAUCUUGUUGUCAGUGGUUGGGACUAUGGCAUAACAUCCACAGAGACCAGUGAGCUCAAACAUCGGAGUCUUUACAAUGAAUUUAAGGUUUGGAUGUGUGUGUCCUUCAGUCAACAGUCAAAACACUCUUAUCCCAGAAAGUAUCUGUGUUUUUGUGUGUGUGUUAAAUUGCUCAUGGUUAGUACUGGAUCUUCCUUUAGGUAAAAAAAUGCUUAUUUAAUAGCUUUUUCUCGUGAAGAUUUUAAUUUAAAAGACUGGUAAUAUAAUUAUUUUACACUGCUACACAGAGUUCUCAGAUUUAUUUAAAUACAUGGCUUUAAGAUAACCGCAUGACAAACACAAUACAUGGCUUUAAGAUUACUACAUGACAAACACAAUACAUGGCUUUAAGAUAACUACAUGACAAACACAAUACAUGGCUUUCAGAUAACUACAUGACAAACACAAUACAUGGCUUUCAGAUAACUACAUGACAAACACAAUACAUGGCUUUCAGAUAACUACAUGACAAACACAAUACAUGGCUUUAAGAUAACUACAUGACAAACACAAUACAUGGCUUUAAGAUUACUACAUGACAAACACACGCGUCUGCAAAUAAUUAACUAUUGUAUUUAACAGUAAAUGAAUGUAUUUUAUUUCGUCCUCUCCUAGGAAAUCUUAUCUGGAUCACAGAUUGAGCAUAAGCUAGAACGAGAUGAGUUGGUUAGAGUCUGGAUGAUACGUGGAGCAGUUUGGAUGGCAGUAAUCUGUCUGUUGGCUUUAUGUGGAUAUGCUACAUUUGAAGUUUCUACAAGCCUGUCUAUCAACAGAGAGGACACAGUAAAUGCAGUAAGUUUCCAUCACUCAUCUUUGUCUUGGUUGGUCAUGGGACAAAACGGGUUUUAAAGAAAACAAACACUCUUAUCCUUGAAAAUAUCUGUGUUUUUGUGUGUUAAAUUGCUAAUUAUAAAUUCUGGAUCUUCGUAAAGGUGAAAAAAUUUUUAAUAGCUAUUUCUCAUGAAGAUUUUUAUGAUAUGAUUAAUAUAUAUAACAGAGUAACAAAAAAAUUCAUGAAUAAUCUCCCCUAAGCUGUGCAUGUAUUCUAUCCUGUGGACAUCCUUGUGAAAUGAAGAAAUCACAGUCAAAUGAAUAUAGUUUAUAUAAAGUCUCAUUUUUGUAAAAUUUUGAGUUUUUAACACAGGUCAUUAGUAAUUUUAUCCCCCAAAAAAUGGAAUCAUGAUAAAUUCUAAAGCAAUUUAGCUGUAAUCAUAGAUAAUGCAUGGAUUAAUUAAGUUGCAUGUGAGAAUGCAAGUUCCUAUACUUUCAUUAAUGCAGUGAACACAGUAUGGUCCAACUUGACAAAGACAAAGCUAUUCAGCAUACUGUUUUACAACCUUAUAUUUCUCUGUUUCGGGGGGGGGGGGGGGGUCUUGGGGAAAAAAGGGUGUUGUUUUUUUUUUUACUUUUUUUUUGUUGGGGGGGGGGGGGGGGGGGGGUCAUGUGGAAAAAAGGUUGUUGUUUUUUUUACUCUAUGUGGACAUAAAGUUUGAACGAGUUUGGUGAGUAGCACAAGCUAAGAAUGAAUUCAAAUGUCUUUACAUCAAAUUUAUGAAAGCUUGAGACUUUCUUGUGGCUACAUUAAAGCUGACUUUACGGAUAUCUUACUUGAUGCAAAAGAAAUUGUCAAAAAUUGUCAGAGCAGAAGCUUUCAAGAGUUAACUGGGUUCAAAUAGUUUUUUUUUCUCAAAUAGCAACCAUCUUUACAGAUUAUGAGUUUGGUAAAGAAAUUGAAUAAGUUUUUCUUGUUGCUGCUAAGUAGUAUUUAAAAUGGAGAGUUGGCAGAAGGGGCAAGACUUAUCGGACGGCCACGCCUCAGAUUUAUGGACAUAUGCAAAAGGAGCAUGAAGGAAGCCAAUAUUGAAAACAACGAAUGGGAGCUCAUUGCCUAUCAACAUUUCAAAAGGCCAACAGCAGUGUAUGAAGGGGUAAAAAAGGCAGAAGAUACGUGAAAUGAGGCCCUUGCAACAAAAAGAACAGUACGGAAGUCAAAAUCUUACGAGGAAUCAAUAUUCUCCUGCAAGAAAUGCAGUCGAGAUUGUCAUUCUAGGAUUGGCCUAGUGAACCACCUGUCGAAGUGUAGGACUACAUAGCUACUCCAUCGUCUCCGGAUGAUGGAAAUAAUGUCAACAACUUAGCAUCUUUUUGAAUGCAGCCUUUGCUCAUUUGCAGACCAACAAAGUAUUGGUGAGUCCACUGGCCAUGCCCGUGGUGCUGUCCCUCAUUCAACUCUUCGUCCCUAUGAUCUUCACCUUUCUUGAAGCGUACGAGGCUUAUCAAAUGCCAAAGUAUGAACUCUACGUCCAUAUGUUCAGGUAUGUGCAUUAUUUCAGAGAUUAUUUUCAAGUUUUAGUUAUGCCAAUAACCAUAUGAAAUUUUUUUUAUACCAAAAUCAUAGUGGUUGGAUGAAUUGGACAAGAAUAAAUGUUCAAAUACACCAUUGAAUAAUUUGUCCUUUGUAAGAAAGCAGUUUUAAAGGGUACACAAAAUAUAACUUAUUUUAAAUGUUUUUUUAAAAAUCUUAUUUUAUCACAUAUGGUUUUGAAAAUAAUUUAUACUUACCUAAUAUGAGGCAUUCUAAAUGAAAAAUUUCAUAAUGAGAUUAAAUAAUAUUCCACUAUUGCCCUAGAUGGAGCUUGGUUUCAUUAGUACGUAACCAGCAAAUUUAUUGCUGUAUCACAAAUUUUAAUAAACUAGUAACAUUUGAAUGCUCUCCUUAUAAUGCAUCUAAUGCCUAAGUAUUGCCAUAUUUAAAAAAAAAAAUAAGAACCAUACAAUCUGAACUUAAAUCUUGAAUAUCUUCCCAGAGAGAUGGCUCUGAAGGCGACCAUGUUGGCUGUGCUUGUUUUUUUCUGGCUAGACAUUGCACCACGGAGUAUUAAGGUAAAAAAAAAAAUAAUGUAAUUCCAGUUAGUUGUUCUCUUACUCAGCAUGCACCUGGAGGGGCUAGAUUAGGAACGUUGGCUGUCCAGCUUCACGAUAUCAGCACAACAAAGAUAAACAAGCUGUUGUUCUGAAUGUUGACCGAUGUAAAAAAAAAAACAAGAAAAAAGAACUCCGCAGGCUUAAAAUAAACGUCAGCGGGAUUAGUCGGCAGUUCUGUUCAAAGCUCUCAAACAGUUUGCCAGCAUCAUAGCACAUAUUUCUCCUGAGCCAUUUGAAUGUCAUUUGGAAGAAAAGUGUCAACACACAUGAAGGGUAGUUGUUGUUGGCAGUAUUUUUAAAGCUUAAGUUUUACACAGUGUUUGCUAAGUCAAUAUUUCUAUCCUCAAGAAGAGGAUGCAAUGGCUCUAAAAAAGUUACUGUUUAGCUUAUGUUCCUUAUGGCUACAGGAGAAAGUGAUUAUUUAGCUUAUGUUCCUUAGGGCUAGAGGAUAAAGUGACUGUUUAGCCUAUGUGCCCUAUGGCUAGAGGACAAAGUGACUGUUUAGAUUACGUUCCUUUCCCAACUGGACAAAGACAGCCUUUUUCAGUAGUGGCCUGAAACAGCAUGGGAAGGAAUUAAUGGAUCAAAUGUAUUUUUUAUUUACAUUGUGGUGAGACUUUGAAAUAUGUUAAGGUAACAGCUCAGGCCUGCUUGAUAUUUGUUUUAGUCUAUUGAGAAAUUAUUGUUUUUGUCAGACUGAACUGUCAGACUGUUCUGAAGUCUUUGGAUUAAAAUCUACUUUCUUUCCAGCAUGGCCAUAUGUUAACUUACAAAGAGCAGGUGAUCAGUUUGUUAAACAUUCAAAUGAAAUUGUUUUGUUUUUAUAACAAAAAAAGGUUGUUUUGUCUCCUUUGGAUUUUAAUUUUUUAAUUAAAGCAAUUAUAUUUUGAUGGUUUUUUAAACUUGCUAUGUGUAUUUUGUUUCGUAAGCACUGAACCAAGAGACAAAAUUAAUCAAAAUUAUAUUGGAUAUGACUUUGUUGCUGUAUUUCUUGCCUCUAUAUAGUCCCUUUCCCUCUAAAAGUUAUGAUAAUGAUUUGCCUCAGAUCAGACUUAAUUACUUUUAAUCCAUUGGUUAAUAUACAGAUAACAAAUUUUGAGCUAUUAAUUUUUAUGCCCAAAUAAGUGUUUUUCAGCGUAAUAAAAAAAUACAAAACAAUAAAGACAAAAACAAACUGCAAUGAAAUUGUUUAUUAAAGUAGGUUAUCAAUCAAAUUAUUCAAAUAAUUUGUAAACAAGACACUAAUGUGAAUAUCCUUUUGUUUCAUUUCAUUGAAGUGCUGGGAAACUUUUGUUGGAGAGGAACUCUACCGCUUGGUUGUUAUAGAUCUGCUUUUCGCCCUUGGCUACUCUUUCUUUAUGGAGUACAUUCGCAAGUAAGUGAUGAUCUGAAGUAUUCUUUCACAAAAAUAAUAGAGCUUGAUUGUAGUUCCAUAGUCUAGUGCAAGAGCCGUCUCAUGACUUUUGGCGGCCCCCUGCCAAUGUUUUGGUUUGUGCCCCUUGGAUUCACAUGUGAUAUUUUAAUUAAUUUUUUUUUUGCUACAUCACACCAUUGGACCCAUUAAAUAUGUGAGGCCUCGCUUGAUGACCUUGCCUAGUGCCACUUCCUAGUGUCAUGGCCUAAUGUUAUGUUAUGUCAUGGUUGUACUUUCCUUAGCCUUAGAGCACAUAUGACUUAUCAUUCUGAAUGAAAAUGACUGACCAUUCAAUGACCAGGUGAGAGUUGUAAAAUAAAAGCUAUAAAGAUUCUUAAAGCCUAAAAUGAAUCUUGUGAAGCAAAGAUCUGAGACACUAAGAUGCUAAAAUAUAAGGGUGAGCAUUAAAACUUAUUAGCCAAAUUAUGUCAAAUUUAACAUUCAUUUCCUUAGACAUAUUUGCCUGUAAAGUAUCAUCAUUAUGAGAGACAUCACAAUCUUAUGUCCAUUUUAUAUUGUUAUCACAUGGUUGGGGCAAGUCAAAUAAAAAUUGUACCUUUUAUUUAGAUUGAUAGCACAUAGGUGGGCUAAAGUCGCAAAAGCUGAGUUUGCAAUCGGCCGACACACUCUGGACCUCGUCUACUCUCAAAGUUUGUGUUGGUAAAUUUUAAAAAAUUAUUUCUUGAAAAGGAAAUUAAAAAAAAAAUUAUUUGUUUAAUCUAAUCCUGUUUUUAUUUUAUUUUGUGUGCUACUAAGGAAGACAACAACAUAAUUUAGCCAUUUUAUAAGUCAAACAGUAGUCUUAUAAAUAUUGAAAAUCUGUGCUUUAAUCUUUUCUUGUUAGUGUUGUUAAUUAUCUUGAAAAUGCCCCCGUCCUUUUUUUGUUUGUUGUUGAUGUGUGUCAAUUAUGAUUUAUCUUGACAAUUUCCUAUUUUUAGUGUGUCAUUGUUGAUAUUUAACUUGAAAAUGUCCCAUUUUUUGUAUUGAUAAUGUUAUUUGUUUUAACAAUUUACCAUUUUUAGUGUGUUAAUGUUGAUAUUUAUCUUGACAAUUUCCCUUUUUUUUUUUUUUGUUGUUGAAUGCAAAGGCUUGGAAUCUUCUACUCCCCUCUUCUGCCAGCUGUUGUCAUUAUGAAGCUUGUCAUUCUGUUUUAUGUCAAAAGAGUAAGUAGAGCCUGCAAAGAAAAGCAUGUCAAAAUAAUGACAUGAAUGCUUUAUGAGGUUAACUUUAAAAAGAAACAACUCUUGUUCUUUUGUAUUUAAUUGCUGUUCAUUUCUAGUCUUUGACUAAUGCCAACUGCCACUGUUUGGAUUGAUUUAAAACAUUUAAAUUACUAUAUGCCAUUGACAUGAGGUAUGAAAGUUGAAUAUCUACUCCACAUUUCAGUACAGCGUUGUUCACAACUGCUCACCAUCUGUCAAGCCAUGGAGAGCCUCGCGAACACACACCAUCUUUGUUGGAUAUCUUUUCAUUUUCUUCAUCCUCAGUUGCGUAGCAGUGGGAUUUGGUGUGUUUCUGUAAGUUUUUUUUGUCCUUAUCAUUUUGUCACAGAAUUUCACAUAUUGCAAGGAAAAAAUCUUUUCUUUUAACACAUAACACCCUUUUCUUUUAACACGUAACACCCUUUUCUUUUAACACGUAAGCCCCUUUUCUUUUAACACAUAUCACCCUUUUCUUUUAACACAUAACACCCUCUUCUUUUAAUGUAUAACACCCUUUUCUUUUAACGCAUAACACCCUUUUCUUUUAACACAUAACACCCUUUUCUUUUAACACAUAACACCCUUUUCUUUUAACACAUAACACCCUUUUCUUUUAACACAUAACACCGUUUUCUUUUAACGCAUAACACCCCUUUCUUUCAACACAUCACACCCUUACUAACUAUUUUAACUAUUUUUCAUUGCUCAGCAUUAAGCCUAGUGACACCUGUGGACCCUAUCAAAAUUUUACCACCACUUAUGAAGUCAUCUACACAUUGAUUGACUCCUGGAAGGCAGAGAGUCCAGUGAUGAAGGAAAUCUUUGCGUUCAUCGACUCCCCAGGAUUCAUUGCAGGGCUUCUCAUCUUCUUUUUGUAAGUUACAGUGCUUGGGUGCCAGCUGUUACAGUGGUUGGGUGCCAGCUGUUACAGUGGUUGGGUGCCAGCUGUUACAGUGGUUGGGUGCCAGCUGUUACAGUGCUUGGGUGCCAGCUGUUGUAGUUCUUAUAGACUAUGUAUGUAUGUGUCUUGGGUGCCAGCUGUUAUAUUUCUUAUAGACUAUAUGUGUGUGUCGUGGGUGCCAGCUGUUAUAAACUGUAUGUAUGUAUGUGUUAUGAGUGCCAGGUGUUACAUUUCUUAUAUACUGUAUUUGUGUAUGCAUGUGUCUUGGAUUCCAGCUGUUAUAGUUCUUAUAAACUGUAGGUCUGUAUGUGUCUUGAGUGCCAAUUGUUAUAUUUCUUAUAGAAUGUGUGUCUGGAUGUGUCUUGAAUGCCAGUUUUUAUAUUUCUUAUAAAUUGUAUGUUUGUAUGUGUCUUGGGUGCCAGCUGUUAUAUUUCAUAUAGACUGAAUGUGUGUAAGCAUUUGUAUGUGGACAAUAACAUGUUUUUACAACAAAAAACCCCCAAGAAAAUUAAGCCUGUGUUAAUGAUCAUACGUCAUUCCAUUUUUCAAUUUGAGGAAAGUGGAGGGUUCUAUUUUGUGUUUUCUUUAAUUGAUGUAUUUCUGGAAAGGUGAUCUUCUUAUCUCAUAUUAAGUUGAUUUAAUUCUAAAUGCAGACUCUCAAUGAGGUCACCUGGAUGCAACUGGAAUAAGAACCAACUAUUACAAAAUAAAUUAAUGUAUUUAACUUUUGAGUUAGUGUAAUGUCUGAAUGUGCCUUUCUAUCUUUAUUUAGUAUGGUUCUGUAUUACACAAGAACAAUCAGCUUGAGUCACAAAGCCAUGGUGGACCUGUUCAAGCUGCAGCUGAUAUCUGUAUGUCCAUCAUUUUAGUUCAAUAUUUGUUCACUACAAAAUGGAAGUUUUGAAGAUAAAAAAAAAUUAAAUAUAUACAUAUAUUUUAUUUUUAAAUGUGAACUGCUGCCAUGAUCUUAUAAAGUAUUACAAUCUGAAAUUGUGAUGUUGUUCAUUUGGUAAUGCAUUUAACUACCCAGAACCCAAACUUUUGACACAAUUUUACACACAGUUUUAUGCCUUACUAUGAUUUUGGUUAAUUGCUUUUUUUUUCAUAAUUAUCUAUAAUUGCGUUGAUCUGUUUAAAGAAAUGUAUAAAAAAUCUCUUAUAACCCGCUCACAAGGCCAACCACCCCAAUUAUUCCCUUAAAAAUGUCCCCAACAAAAAAAAAGUUGAUUCUAAAAUUGGUAUAUAUGGUAAACCUGCAUUUUUAAAAAGAAAAAAUCAGUCAUGUUUAUUAUAAUGAGACUCAUUCAAUAUGGAACUACAUCCUCAACAUAUCUUUGUGAUCACCUCUCAAGACAUCUUAAAAUAGUUUGGUUUCAUUAAUUAAUUAAGUAAAUUUGCGCGGCCCCCCCCCCCCCGCUUUUUUGCAUGGUAAUGUAUUCAUUGAAUUCCUCACCAGGAGGGUAAAGAUAAAAAGUUCCUGAUGAACCUGCUGAACCAGGUGAAGAUCAGGGGCAAUAAAAGGGGCAUAACUCACCCAGGACCUGCACUCUUGAAGAACAUGGAGUCCUGCAGUGCUUUACCUGGUGAGUCAUAG